AUGAAAAUAGCCCCCAAACCUCUUCCUCCCGUCUCGCCCGGCUUCUCCCUCUACCACAUCGCCGUCGGACGCGGCACCCAGAAUUACACCUGUGACCUCUCCAACGCCACCGCCGUCCCCGCUGCAGCAGGAGCAGUUGCCACUCUCGUCAACGCCACCUGCCUGACCGCCGUGUCUCCUUCCCUCGCCUGGAGCCUCGCCGGCUGGGCCUACCAAGACCAACACGUCAAAGUCCCCAUCACCAUCCCCGUCAACGAUUUCUUGAAAAUCUCCGGUCAUCACUACUUCACCGAUCUCACCACCGCCUACUUCAACCUCGACACGGAAGGCGAAGGCGACGAUACCUGGCAGACCGAUUACUCCCAAGGCGCUUUCCAGAAAACUCACAGUUCCGAUGCCCCCAAGGAUGCCCUCAAGGGCUCCGUGCCGUGGUUGAAACUUGCGAGUAAGACGAAUGAUACCGAUUGUGCCUUUCAAGAAGUCUAUCGGAUUAAUACUGUCGGAGGUGCUGCUCCCAAGACGUGUGUGGGACAGGCUGCUACCUUUGAGGUCGAGUAUGCGGCCGAGUAUUGGUUUUAUGCAAAGGGACGGACGGCGGCGUCGUAUUAG